CGAUUUAGGCUCGAUUUGAUGAAUUCCUCGUCGUGUGGCCAUUUAUCAAAUUGAGCAUUAGGGUUUCUGAUUUGUGGGUUCAGAGUUGUUUUAUCUAUCUGUGUUGUUGUUGUUGUUUCCGUUAUAAAGCUUAUGGAUUCUCAGAGGGGUAUUGUUGAAGAAGCUAAAUCUCAGUCCUUGAAUAGACAAGGUUCUCUCUACAGCUUAACACUUGAUGAGGUUCAAAAUCACUUGGGGAGUUCAGGUAAAGCUCUGGGAAGCAUGAACCUUGAUGAGCUUUUGAAGAGUGUCUGUUCUGUUGAAGCUAAUCAGCCAACGUCUUUGGCUGUCAAUGGUGGAACAGCUCAGGAGGGUCUUUCUCGCCAGGGAAGUUUGACUUUGCCACGGGAUCUUAGCAAAAAAACUGUUGAUGAGGUUUGGAAAGACAUUCAGCAGAAUAAGAAUGGAGGUAGUGCUCAUGAGAGGAGGGAUAAGCAGCCUACACUCGGGGAAAUGACGCUUGAAGACUUGUUGUUGAAAGCAGGAGUGGUGACUGAGACUAUCCCUGGUUCGAAUCAUGAUGAUCCUGGUGGUCCUAUUGGUGGUGGUAGUGCUGGUUCAGGUGCUGGUUUAGGGCAAAACAUAACUCAAGUUGGCCCAUGGGUUCAAUAUCAUCAGCUCCCAUCAAUGCCACAGCCUCAAGCAUAUAUGCCAUAUCCGGUUUCAGAUAUGCAAGCGAUGGUGUCUCAGUCUUCUUUGAUGGGUGGUUUGUCAGAUACUCAAACUCCAGGAAGGAAGAGGGUAGCUUCAGGGGAAGUUGUAGAGAAGACUGUAGAGAGGAGGCAGAAGCGAAUGAUAAAGAACAGAGAGUCUGCUGCUCGUUCCCGAGCUAGGAAACAGGCUUACACUCAUGAGCUAGAGAUCAAAGUUUCGCGGUUAGAAGAAGAAAACGAAAGACUCAGGAGGCAAAAGGAGGUGGAGAAAAUCCUCCCAAGUGCACCACCGCCUGAUCCCAAGCGGCAGCUCCGGCGAACAAGCUCAGCUCCUUUCUGAUCCCGAAACUCUUUUUUUCUUUUCUUUUUGUCUUCUGUGUCGGUUCACUUAUAAAAAAGAGAGAAAACAGCUUUGUUUCUUUGUACAUUCCGUAGACUUUCUUGACUUGGAGCAAUUCUGUUAAC